UGGGAGCCGCCAUUUUGGGGGGAGGAGAAACACUCGUAGGGGCGGCUGCGGCUCAAUGGGAUGUUGACUGGCUUCUUCUCUUGCCAGCGCUGUGGAGCCGGGUCAGAAGCCUCCACCGGGGCCGCUCCUCCGGCUGCCUCUCCGGAAUGAGGCCUCAGUUUCCGCGCAGGACGGCUCCCUUUUUCUUCCGAGAGAGCCCAAGGAGAGGCCGAAGCCGAGACGAUGCCUGGGAAGCUGAAGGUGAAAAUCGUGGCCGGGCGCCAUUUGCCGGUGAUGGACCGAGCUAGUGACCUGACUGAUGCCUUCGUGGAGGUAAAAUUUGGUAAUACCACCUUUAAAACAGAUGUGUAUCUCAAGUCCCUCAACCCUCAGUGGAACUCAGAAUGGUUUAAAUUUGAGGUGGAUGAUGAAGAUUUACAAGAUGAACCUCUCCAGAUCACAGUUCUUGACCAUGAUACAUAUAGUGCAAAUGAUGCCAUUGGUAAAGUGUACAUUGACAUUGAUCCUUUACUCUACAGUGAGGCUGCAACGGUCAUCUCAGGAUGGUUUCCAAUUUAUGAUACCAUUCAUGGUAUCCGUGGGGAAAUCAAUGUAGUUGUCAAAGUAGACCUCUUCAAUGAUUUAAAUCGAUUUAGGCAGUCAUCAUGUGGAGUCAAAUUCUUUUGCACGACAUCUAUUCCAAAGUGCUAUAGAGCUGUAAUAAUUCACGGAUUUGUAGAAGAACUUGUGGUCAACGAAGACCCAGAAUAUCAAUGGAUUGAUCGAAUUCGCACACCAAGGGCAUCAAAUGAGGCCAGACAGAGACUCAUUUCUUUAAUGUCAGGUGAACUGCAGAGGAAGAUUGGCUUGAAAGUACUUGAAAUGAGAGGAAAUGCAGUUGUUGGGUACUUACAGUGUUUUGAUCUGGAAGGCGAAUCUGGGUUAGUGGUACGAGCCAUAGGAACAGCGUGUACACUGGAUAAAUUAAGUAGCCCAGCAGCAUUCCUUCCUGCAUGUAAUUCCCCGUCCAAAGAAAUGAAGGAGUCUCCGCUGGUUCAUCCUCCAAGCCAUGGAUGCCGCUCGACUCACAACAGCCCAAUUCACACUGCUACUGGCUCACGACUUACUCAGAACUUCUCUGUGUCUGUUCCCACUCUCAUCUAUACUGUAGGGUCUGUUUCAUUCUGUGGAAGAGAGCUGUUGGAAAACAGGAUUCCCUUCAAUGAAGAUCCCAAUCCCAACACUCACUCAUCAGGACCCUCAACCCCUCUGAAAAACCAAACUUAUUCCUUUUCACCUUCCAAGUCCUACAGUCGACAGUCCUCUUCUUCUGACACAGAUUUGAGUUUGACACCCAAAACUGCACCUUACCCACAGGGGGCUAGGAUUUACCUGUGUCCCAGCUCCCCCUCUCUCUCUUGUGGUUCCCUUCAUCUUAAAAAGUCCUGUCUUCUCCUCUCGGAAUCUAGCCUCCCCCCUCAUCCUUCUAGCCUUGUCAGCCCAGUUCUGAGGAAAAGUGUUUCUUUCAGUGAAGAGCUGUUCCUGGCUGCUUCUGGAAUGGGAAGUGGUAGUGCUGGAAAAGAAGGGGGGCCCUUUAAAGCUCUUUUAAGACAACAGACUCAGUCAGCUUUGGAACAGAGGGGAGGAUCACCUCAUAGGUUCUGUAGAAGGCGGGAAUUUCCAUUUUUUACCUUGACGGCGUUUCCUCCUGGAUUCCUCGUGCAUGUCGGGGGAGUUGUUAGUGCACGCUCUGUGAAGCUUUUGGAUCGUAUCCACAAUCCUGAUGAACCAGAAACUCGAGAUGCGUGGUGGGCAGAAAUCAGACAAGAAAUAAAAUCACAUGCCAAAGCAUUAGGCUGUCAUGCUGUAGUGGGCUACAGUGAAUCAACUAGCAUUUGUGAAGAGGUCUGUAUUUUAUCUGCAUCCGGCACAGCAGCUGUACUGAACCCUAGAUUUCUGCAGGAUGGCACCGUGGAGGGCUGUUUGGAACAGAGGCUAGAAGAAAAUUUGCCUGCAGGCUGUGGAUUUUGCCAUAUACCAUAUGAUGAACUGAAUAUGCCAUUUCCAGCUCAUCUCACAUAUUGCUAUAACUGCAGGAAACAAAAAGUUCCCGAUGUUCUCUUUACAACUAUAGACCUCCCAAUGGAUGCAGCAGUUAUUGGAAAAGGUUGUCUCAUUCAAGCAAGGUUGUGUCGCUUAAAAAAGAAGGCACAAGCAGAAGCAAAUGCCACAGCUAUCAGUAAUCUGUUGCCAUUUAUGGAAUAUGAAGUGCAUACUCAGCUAAUGAAUAAACUAAAACUCAAAGGAAUGAACGCUUUAUUUGGACUGAGAAUUCAGAUCUCAGUGGGUGAAAAUAUGUUGAUGGGCUUAGCGUCAGCCACAGGUGUGUAUUUAGCAGCUUUACCAACGCCUGGUGGUAUUCAGAUUGCUGGGAAGACUCCUAAUGAUGGCUCGUACGAGCAGCAUAUAUCUCAUAUGCAGAAGAAGAUAAAUGACACGAUUGCUAAGAAUAAAGAAUUAUAUGAAAUCAAUCCUCCGGAGAUAUCUGAAGAGAUUAUAGGAUCACCCAUUCCAGAACCUAGACAACGCUCAAGACUUUUGAGAUCUCAAUCAGAAAGCUCUGAUGAAGUUACAGAAUUGGACCUUUCACAUGGGAAAAAAGAUGCAUUUGUUUUGGAGAUCGAUGACACAGAUGCUAUGGAAGACGUACAUUCUCUACUCACUGAUGUUCCGCCUCCUUCAGGCUUUUAUAGUUGUAAUACAGAAAUUAUGCCUGGUAUAAAUAAUUGGACAUCUGAAAUACAGAUGUUCACAUCAGUAAGAGUAAUCCGAUUAAGCAGCCUUAAUCUAACUAAUCAAGCCCUCAAUAAGAAUUUUAAUGAUCUCUGUGAAAACUUGCUCAAGAGCCUGUAUUUUAAACUACGGUCUAUGAUCCCCUGCUGCCUUUGCCAUGUAAAUUUUACAGUAUCUCUCCCUGAAGAUGAAUUAAUUCAGGUUACAGUCACAGCAGUUGCAAUAACUUUUGACAAAAAUCAGGCUUUACAGACCACAAAAACACAUGCUGAGAAGUCAUUGCAAAGAGCCUCUACAGAUAAUGAAGAACUUCUGCAGUUUCCCCUCGAACUCUGUUCAGAUUCACUUCCUUCUCAUCCUUUUCCACCGGCUAAAGAACACCUGGAGAGUGCAAGUUCUAACUCAGGUAUACCAGCUGCACAGAGAGCAACGUCAGUUGAUUACAGUUCCUUUGCAGACAGAUGCAGCAGCUGGAUAGAGCUCAUUAAACUGAAAGCUCAGACCAUAAGGCGUGGAUCAAUUAAGACAACUGUGACAGUCGAAAAAGCAAGUCCAGUGGGUGAAGGAAAUUUCCGGAAUCGCUCUUCUCCACCUUGUGCAAAUUCUACAGUUGGGGUGGUUAAGAUGACACCUCUUUCCUUCAUUCCUGGAGCAAAAAUAACAAAAUAUCUUGGGAUAAUUAACAUGUUUUUUAUUCGGGAAACCACUUCUCUUCGUGAGGAAGGAGGUGUCAGUGGUUUUCUCCAUGCUUUUAUUGCUGAAGUGUUUGCGAUGGUGAGAGCUCACGUGGCUGCACUGGGAGGGAAUGCUGUUGUCUCCUACAUAAUGAAGCAGUGUGUCUUCAUGGAGAAUCCAAAUAAGAACCAGGCACAGUGUCUUAUAAACGUAAGUGGUGAUGCAGUGGUUUUUGUUCGUGAAUCUGAAUUAGAAGUGGUGUCAACUCAGCAACCUGCUGCCAACUGCCAGCCCUCAUGUACUGGAGGAGAAGUUACAACCUGAAGUCAGUUAGAAAGAAUGAGCUCCACUAAAUGACAUUCAUGGGUCUCCUUUGUUUUGUCAUUCAUUUAUCUUACUAGACAUAAAAAAUGAACUUGAGAGAACUGAGGAACAAUUGAUACAUUCUGAGUAUGUUUGAUUCGUCUGGGAUCACUUGGAGGCCUGAGAAUUUUCAAAUCUUGACAUUUUAUUUCGGCCAGCCUAGACAGACAGGCCCCGUGGAGCUUUGACCCUACCUUCCCACCCAGGAAGUUCAGAUAAAUUUCUCUGAGAACUGUAAUAAAGAUGGAAGCUAUGUAUAAUUUAUGUUGAUUUUAAUAAAAUCAUAAUUUAGAAAAUGAAAUGGUAAGAUUAUCAGGAAAUUAGGAUAGCUAUCCUAGUGUAAUUUAGAAAAACUAAGCAAGAAAUGAACAAAUUGUUAAUGAGUAAGUAAUCUGAUUCGAGGAAUGUAUGGGGUAAAUGGAGAAAAGUUUUCAGAAAGCUAUGCGGGUUUCUGAAUAUGUUAUUUUGAUGAGGAAUUUGGUAACAACUGAAAGGGAAAAUUGCUUCAGCCGUCUUUGAAAAAGAAGUUAAAAUUCUGCAACUUGUAUCCAUAAUAUGUCCUAACUACUGGAAAAGAAAAGUAAUUUAUCAGAGCCAGUGUCCUUCCAUUGGAAGUUUAAAUAAGGAAGGAGGAAAAAAACUACUAUAUAACUUCGUUUCUAGCCAAGUUUCAAUUUGUGUUUAAUUUGUCUGGAAGAGGCUUGGCUUCAGCUGGGAAGAAAAGGCCAGUGAAUUUUGUUGAAGUAGUUAAAAUAUAAUUGAUCUAGAAGGAACAUAAAAUUAUUUUCUAAUAAAGUCAUACUGUACUCCCACCAAAUAAACAGAAUUUUAGUAAUAUCUUAGGGAUUUUUGAUGGUGAGUUAGACUGUAUUUGGCAUAGAGUUUGGAAAUGCAACUUGAAUGUAAAUAUGCUGCAGAAUGUUGAAUAUAUAGAUAGAAAUACUUUUUUGUCAAUGCCAAAUACCUAUUACAAAUGAACCUUUAAAAGUACAUUCCUCCUUUGCACAACAAAAUUUCUUUAUAGAACUCAUGAUUUUGCUCUUCCAGGAUAACAACUGCCCUAAAGAUUAGGAGUCAUUUCCUUGUUAUCACAGGUGUCAAUAUUUUUCUGUACUUUGUUUAUAAUUUUAUUUUUUAAAUAAAAAGUUUAUAAACUGGAA